AAUGAUAACUUAGUGAUUAAAUAGUCAUUUCAAUCGAUAUACUAAUCAUAGAGUAUAUAAGUCAUGAAUGUUAGCAAAGGUAUAGCCAUCGCGUCCAAGAAAUACUCUCCGGGAGAUGUUAUAGUCAAAUGUAUGCCAUUAUUACAUAUUGUUAAGUAUGAGUAUAGAGACCGGUGUUGUGACUAUUGUCUUCGGUUUAGUAAUCAUUUGAAGAAAUGUAGUAAAUGUGGAAAAUUAAACUAUUGUGACCAGACUUGCCAACGACACGACUGGCCAUUUCAUAAGCUCGAGUGUCCCGUUAUUUCAAAGUAUAAACUAUUGAAUUUUGAAAAACAAGGCUAUGAUUAUAUGCAACGAAUGGUACUUCGCUUAUAUCUAAUGUGUGUCUCAAAGCCUGAACUAUUGAACCGUCAAUUUCCGUUGCAUAAUGGUUUAUACCGUUCCCUUAAUAAUAUGGAAAGUCAUUCAAAAGAGAUCGAACCGACCAAAGCUUUUGAAGGAAUUGUCAACUAUUUUAAGUUGUAUUCAAUCAAUGGUUAUGACAGACAAUUGUUGCUUAAACUUUACGGUAUUUUGCAAAUCAACGCGUUUGGUAUCGACAGCUAUGAUGAGGAAAGAGGUAUUUGUCACUGCGCUUCGGGACUCUAUAUCGAAGGUUCGGUAUUUGAUCACAACUGUCAGUCUAACGCCUGUGCGUCGGGCGAGGGAUUAAUACUUGAAAUACGGGCGCUUAGAGACAUCAAUAUCGAUGAAGUGAUUACAAUAGAUUAUAUACAAAAUAUAUUACCAAAAGAAGAAAGACAUUCAAUACUGAUGGACAGGUAUUACUUCAAGUGUCAGUGUUUCAAAUGUCAAUCGGAUUUCGACGAAAAGUUUGAUUUUCAAAAGUUUAAUAAAUUACAAAAAGAAAGCGAAAUCAUUGAUUCAUCUAUCAGUGCCGUCAACUGUCGUACGCGUCACGAGUUUGUCCGCCAAUAUUAUCCUCACUUUCAUCCAAACUAUACUUACUUUCUCUACGAAUCACUUAAAUAUAAGCUAUCUUUGCUCAGAACUAAUCAUAACUUAAAUGCCAACAAAAUUCAACACAAAAAACUUGUUAAAGAAGUUAAGGAUAAUAUGAAAGUAACGCAUGGAUUGAAUCAUACUUUCUAUAAAAUGCUGGUUUCAGUCAUUAAACAAGACUUUUAA